GGUUUAUUUAACUAAACUUUCAGAAGAAUGGCGCUCGAGAGAGUCAAGAUCAUCAAGGCUAACAAUGAGGAGCUCGAUGAGCAUGAGAAGCAGGUUUCACAGGCUCUGCUUGACCUUGAGGUUAACUCUGAUCUGAAGGCUGCCCUCAGGGAACUACACAUUACAGCAGUCAAAGAGGUUGACUGCCCUGCGGGAAAAAAGGCAAUUGUUAUCUUCGUCCCAGUUCCCCAGCUGAAGGCCUUCCAGAAGAUCCAGGCUAGGCUCGUGAGAGAGCUUGAGAAGAAGUUCAGCGGUAAGCACGUUGUCUUCAUUGCUCAGCGAAGAAUCCUCCCUAAGCCAACCAGGAAGGCAAACAAGCUGAAGCAGAAGAGACCUAUCUCCAGGACCCUUACAGCUGUCCACAACUCUAUCCUGGAUGAUCUCGUUUACCCUGCUGAGAUUGUUGGAAAGAGGAUCAGGAUCCGUCUGGAUGGAACAAGACUGUUCAAGGUUCACCUCGACAAAACCCAGCAGACCAACAUCGAGCACAAGACGGACACAUUCUCCUCCGUCUACAAGAAGCUGACAGGGAAGGAGGUUAACUUCGAGUUCCCUGAGGCAUACCUUUAAUUGAAUCGACUAUCUGUACUCUUUAUUAAA